AUGGCUAAUGGCACUUUCCUCUGGGUCUCUCUCGUCUUUCACCAAGCUGGGAGAGACAAUUGUCUGGCCAACGAAAUUCUUGAAUUUGUCCGCAAGAUGCCAUCGUAUCUCAACAAGAUGUACGAGCACAUGAUAUGCCAAAUUAUUGAGCAGACCCAGAAACCUCAAAUCACUGCCAAAAUUGGUCUCUCCCAGGAAUAUCGUUCGACUGUGCGAAGGGGUAACUGA